CUGUAUUAAAUUUGGUAGAUUUAUUGACGCUAGCAUAUUCUGACAAGUUGCUACUCUGAGGGCCAAAUCCUGACUUUGCUUUCUUGUUUCAAUGCAUUGUGAUUUUCUCUCAUUCACAUCUCUCCCUUGAAUCAAUAUGUUGAGGACUCCAUUCAGAAAGUUGACUGCUUCAAGAGUUUUGCUCACUCCACCCUAUCAGAGAUGGUUUUCUCAAGAAACAAGGAAACUAGAAGGCAAGGUAGCUCUAAUCACAGGGGCAGCAAGUGGUAUAGGUAAAGAAACAGCAAUCAAAUUCAUCAACAAUGGCGCUAAAGUGGUCCUAGCCGACAUCCAGGCCGACCCGGGCCGCGCAGCGGCCCGGGAUCUCGGCCCAAACGCGGCCUUCGUCCCGUGCGAUGUCACCAAGGAAUCGGACAUCUCGGACGCGGUGGACUUCGCCGUGUCCGAGUUCGGCCACCUCGACAUCAUGUACAACAACGCGGGCAUCGCGUGCCGCACGCCCCCGAGCAUCGUGGACCUCGACAUGGCCACGUUCGACCGCACCAUGGCGAUCAACGUCCGGGGGGUGGUGGCCGGGAUCAAGCACGGGGCCCGCGUCAUGAUCCCGAGGCAGAGGGGGUGCAUCCUCUGCACGGCCAGCGUGACCGGGAUGAUGGGCGGGCUGGCCCAGCACACCUACUCGGUGUCGAAGAGUGGGGUGAUCGGGGUGGUGAGGUCGGUGGCAUCGGAGAUGUGCAAGCACGGGAUACGCAUCAAUUGCAUAUCCCCGAUGGCCAUCCCGACCCCGUUUGUGAUGGACGAGAUACGGGAGUACUACCCGGGGGUCGACCCCGGGCGGCUGGCGAAGAUGGUGAGUGAUUUUAGUGCACUGAAAGGGGCAGCUUGUGAGCCUAGUGACAUUGCAAAUGCUGCUUUGUUUUUGGCUUCUGAUGAUGCAAAGUUUGUUAGUGGGCAUAAUCUUGUGGUGGAUGGUGGCUUCACAGCAUUUAAGAAUCUCACUCUUCCUACACUAGAUGAGCUUUCAUGAAACAAAGAUGCCAACCUUUUUUUCUUUUUCUUUUUUUUUUCUUUCUUGAGUUGUUAUUGCUUUAGUGAAAUUGAUAAUGAUUGAUGAAGGAGAUUCUCAAUUGGUAUAAGAGUGAGCAUUGAAAUAUGUUUCAUUAGUGGCAAGUCUUUAUGAGAAAUUAUUGUUUUUAGAAGAUUA